AUGUCCCUCCUCCGCACCCUCGAUCGGACCUCCGCAGUCUCCAAUACUCACGCCCGACCGUUUCUCGCGUUUCUAUACCCGCGGCUGGAGAGGAUCUCACCGAAAAGAAGCUUUUGUAACAAGGCAAUAAAGGAUGCCCCGCCUCCAACGACGCAUAGUCGCCUCGACACCUUUUUCAUCCAGGCUUUGGUGCGGGCGGGCUCAUGUCCCAAGCAUGCAAAGCAAAUUUCGACAUUGAGUGGACAUGAUUCGCAUUCGGUUAGGCUACAUAGAGGGGGUCAAAAGAGCACAUGGCGCAAACCCGAGAGCAGAGGGUUCAAGAAAAGAGUGGGGGGUAAAGGACCGCUCGACAAAGUUAAGAAUUUUGCCGAGAAGGAGCUACAGGCGCUGGUGGACUACUAUGGCAUGGAGUUGGACACGCGACCUGACGAAGACCUUCCGGACGCUGGGAGCCUGGUUUGGAACGUAGGAGAUGACCACGAACCCUGGCCACUCCGCGACAAGGCGGAUGCUGUACAUAUCAAGAAGUUGGAGAAGCUGCUCGAGGAUGACGAAGCAUCACAUGAUGAUGUGUUCGAUACGUACAAGAAGCUUCCGUCACCCGGUGUUGUAUAUCUUAACAUUGGGCUUAUACGAUCACUACUGCACCACCUCGCUAUCGUCCAACGCCCCACACCCAUCGCAAUGCAGCGCUUUCUUUCUAUACUAGACGAUAUGAAGACUGCCCACAUACACAUUAUUCGGUCAGAGUGGACAUCAGCCAUACACCUCGCUGGACGCGCCAUGGGUAAAGUAGGCUCAGACGAGCUUCAGUCCGCCCUUAAUAUCUGGCGGGACAUGGAACAACGAGCUGCCAUUAAAGGCAGAGACGUAACAUUCAACGUCCUUUUCAAUGUUGCUGUAAAAGCCGGGAGGUAUUCCCUAGCCGAAAGCUUCAUGAAGGAAAUGCAAGCCCGUCAACUCCCCAUGUUUCGCUACUGGCGCGUAACCCUCCUCUACUACUACGGUGUCCUACAAAACGGAAACGGCGUCCGAAAAGCCUACCAGGACCUCAUCUCCGCUGGUGAGAUAGUAGACACAGUCGUCCUCAACGCCGUCAUUGCCUCUCUAAUCCGCGCCGGUGAACCCCAGGCCGCCGAACAUGUCUUCGAGCGCAUGAAGCGUCUCCACGCCACCCGCAUUGCACCCGCCCCAGGCCACCGCUUCCUAAACCGCAACUGGCGCGACCGUCGCGCCCUCGGUCUCUUAUUCCGCGAAGAGUCCCGCAGACUCGUCAGAGAAGGGAGAGACGACGAGUUGAAGCGACUUCAAGAUUUCGCCCCUGUAGCCCCAGACUCUAGAACCUACGGCAUCCUCAUACGCUACUACGCCGCCACGGCCGGCAAUGUCGAUCGCGUCGACGAACUCCUCCGCGAAAUGAAAUUAAACUCCGUCCCUCUUGACGGUACCGUCUUCAUUGUCAUCUUCCACGGCUUCUCUGCCUUUGGUGGUGUGAGAUAUAGCUCCUGGACGAGUUCUAGACUAGAGAAGUUUUGGACCAUGUACCUGAAAGCGCUAGAUCAACAGCUCGAGCGUACCUGGUUAUCUAGUCUAGCGGUUAUCGCUGCACUCAAGGCGUUUGCGCGCUGUACAGAACCUGAAAGGACGAUUCGCGCAUGGGAGCAGAUUCGUGAGCUGUGGAAACCUGAUGAGGCGGAGUUGGAGACCGUUAUGGUUGUUUUGAGGGAGUUGUUGCCGCGGAGGGGGUUGGAGGGGGGUGAGGAUACGCCUUUUGUGAAUACAAUAGCAGGGUUUAUCUUCACUAUCGCCGCUGUCAAGUAUUUCACCCUAGUAAAUUAUAUCAAGACAGAAUGCGUUAUGCAAAAGAACUUCAGGAUCUAA